AUGAAUAGGAGGACAAGGACAUUACUUCCCACAACUGGUUCUCUCCUGGAACCAAGAACCCUGAGCUCUAGUCACGAGAGAGAGAAGCUGAAAGAUGUUCAAAAAAGGCAGGCUCGAUACUACAAUUCUGAUGCCCAUGACUUACCUAAAUUGAAUGAGGGAGACAAUUUGAGGCUGAAACCGUUUGUACUGGGGCAAAAGGAAUGGAAGAGGGGAGUGGUUGUUGAACGACUUGACGAAAGGUCAUAUGAAAUUGAGACAGCAGAUGGAUCUUCCUAUAAGCGCAACAGAGCCCAUCUGAAGAAGACUAAUUAG